UAUGUAGGAUGAGCAUGUUGCCGACUCAAUCUUAGAAUCCAAACACACUACCAUUUGCUACCUUCGUUCUUCCUGCAAUGGCAAUACGCCAGCUUCUUGUGUUGGGAAUGUUGCUGCUUCUUUGCCUCUCUAAGGUUUCAUCUGAUUUUAAGAUAGAAAAGGAAGAAGAUGAAGAACUGUCAUUCCCUAAUGAGCCUCUUACUGUGAGAGACGGGAAUAGAAGGUUAAUGCAAGACAUAGAUUGCGGAGGAUUGUGCAAAACAAGGUGCAGUGCGCAUUCGAGGCCCAACCUGUGCACUAGGGCUUGUGGGACAUGCUGUGUGAGGUGUAAGUGUGUUCCACCUGGCACCUCCGGUAAUAGGGAACACUGUGGGGCUUGCUAUACUGAUAUGACCACCCACGGCAACAAAACUAAGUGCCCAUAGACCUAAAAAUGCCCAUACAUAAGCCCAGUUGGAUUGGGCUCCCUUUGCUUCACUCCAAGCAGCAACUGUUGUAGUUCAGUAAAAUGUGUGCGUGUGUUGUUAUGUACACUUGUAUUUAUAGACUUGUGAUCUAAUUCUAGUUUUUACUAAUGUUAUGUUAUGCUACUGUUUGAGCCAUAUAUAUAUAAACUUUGUCU